AUGAGUUUCAGUCUUGAGCGAGUUUUAGGGUUUAAAGUAAAAGUCACAAAUGUCCUAGAUUCUGUGACGACUGGACGUAUUUACUCCUACAACUCCUCAAGCAACACAAUCACUUUACAAGAGGCUAAGAAAGGCAACCAAGGGCAACAAUACAAAAUAAUCAAACUGUCGUUUGUCAAAAACUUGGAAGUGGUUGGGGAGAAACCAUUGAAAAACAAUUUCAAAAAAGAUCCUAUCAGGCCCUCGGAGGUCAGCAUUGAUGGUGUACUGGAGACACUUAGGGAGAAAAUCGACUUCGCGCGGCGAGAGAAAAGCUGA